AUGAACUUUGAAGAUGGCUGUGUUCUCCUUUACCAUUUACAUAAAGAUUACUUGUCAGGAAAGCAAUGGGAAUUUGAACAUGAACAGCUCCAUGACAACUGGCCAAACUUCAUCUGCAGAGGAAGCUCUAGAACAGCUACCAAAUGGACCUUGAGGUUACUGACAACACAGCAAGUGGGACUCAUUGAGAGGAUACCAGAGGGCUGUCCACAGUCUGUCAGUGACCCACCCACCUAUUGUAUCAGAGCAGCAGGAGUUCUGAGGUACAAUCGGGAGUCUGACAACCACAGGAUAAACUUAAUAACCAUUCUUCCAGAGUCCCAGCCUCUGACAGAAUACCCAGUGAGAUGUGAAUACUGUGGACAAAAGGCCCAACCUUCACUGGAUCUUACAUGGGCACAGGGGCCAGAGACCGCGCCACUGUUCUGCUGUGUCCAGCGGCAGCAGCUGUGUAAGAUGCUGGGGAAGUGGAGGCGUUUGGUUGAGAGGAGAUGUGACCUGAGGGCUAGUACUCCAACAUCAUCAUCAUCAUCAUCAUCAUCAGGAGAACAGUCAGCCACAGAGAUGAAGGAGCUUCUCUUCCAAGGCAAAAAGAUGGAGGAUUACAACAAGUUUAUCCUGGACUUACCGAUUGGACUUGGAGAACACUCAGAAUUGAGGAUCUACGAGGAUUACUCAAUCCAAUUACCUGUAGCAGAAACCUUUGCCCCAACAUCAAAGGUCCUCAGCUUCCGGCUCUCUUGUGCUCCAGGACAAGGAUGCUGGACAGUGUAUCCUUGUAGCGCAACUGAGAAGCACUUGAAAAUAAAAGAGCAAGAGGAGCAGGGUCAAUGUAAAACAGAUUGGUCUAAUUCAGGGCCAUCAGUAUUAAAGGAGGAGCUGUUCGUGUUGGCAGCCAGGAUUAGGAUCAACACGGCCCUUCGGCAUCUCAACCAGUACCUGAUGACACCCUCACAUCCCCAGCUGCCGAAGACAAGCCCCUCACCUCCAAGCUUUUCAGUCUAA